GCUGAUUGGAUCGGCUUCCUGGAAUGGGAACGCUGGCAAAGCGAAGACAAAUCCUGACAUUGUUAACUCUCUUCUCUGUUUUGGCUACACGAAACCUUAGGAGACGGGAAGGUCAUUGACUGAUUGCGGCUAUAUCGACCGAUCUAAACAAAUAUAUAUACUUUUUUUUUUUUUUUUUUACAAAGCAGUGCUUAUAGGAGAUCAAGUAAUAACCGGAUACAUCUCUCCAGUUGAAUGACAGACAUCAUGACAGAAGAUGUCCAGGUUCCAACCAGCAUGUCUGAAUAUAAUGGCAAUGUGUCCCCGGAGAAACCUCAACUCCAGGUUAUUGAUAUUAUUGACCAGAUAGCAAAUUCUGUUGAGAUAUUUCCUUAUGACUCCGCGGCAUCUCAGCCUGCUUUACUACUUACACAAGAAAGUCAAGGAGGAGUUGGGCACUUAGUGGAGAAUUCAGUCUAUGAAGCAUGUGACAUCUCCACAUAUGAAGAUACCAUUGGGAUGAAGGAACAUCAAGGAAAGCCAGAGGGAUUCAAGGAGAAAAAUACUGGUAGCUUUGCCCAGGAAAGAAGAGACUGGGAAGAGGAAUCUGGAGAAGAACUCUGUCAGGAAAGCCACCCAACAAGCUCCAGAGAACAGGACAUACCUGAGGAGGAAGAAUGGGAUGCCGAGCUCUGUCAGGGUGAAAACAUUGACGACAUGGCUGAGGAAGAACAGGAAGAAAAAAAGGAAGCGCAGUUGAGUGAGUCCACGGAGAAAAUCAAAGAGGGAGAGCAAUCAAAAGCCAGUGAGAAAACAGCAGUGAAAGAUGCAGUUGGUACAGGAGGAGGAGGCGUAUUGAAGACAAAUAAUGAGGAUUCUCAUAAAAAAGGGCAGGAAAACAACAGCAAAGAAUUUCGUCCCAUCCACCCCAGCUGUAAUGCUCAGACUGAGAAACCUGAUGAGCUGACAGGCACGCUGAGAAAAAAUGAUAUCUCCAGGCACAGCUAUUCUCGGUACAAUACAAUAUCUUAUCGGAAGAUCCGGAAAGGAAACACAAAACAGAGAAUUGAUGAAUUUGAAUCCAUGAUGCAUUCAUAAAACUGAGGCGGAGAAUUCGAUCAGCAUGUUGCAAUUCCUCUCUCCCCACUCUCAUUACAACAUCAGAUUUCCCUAUACCUGUAAUACCAAGCUAUCGAUUCUUUUUGUGUGGCUUUGAACCAGCUAAAAAUGACUAAGAGUAUAAUUCUUACUACUGGGGAAUAAGUCCCAUUGACCAUUUGAAGAUUUACUUCCAAGAAAAUAUGCAUAGGAUUGGGCGGCAAUCUUAUUUGAAAUAAGGUCCUCUUAUUACAAUGGGACUUUCUCCUGUGUAGACGUAUGUACAUUUGGGUUGUAUCUCCGAGUGAAGCCAUUAGAAUGACUUCGUUAUGGCUACCUUCAAGCCUAUAUCUGUCAGUGGGAUGUAGUAAAAAUUAAUUUCACCUAUCUUGACAUCGGUAUAAGUAAUUUAACUAUACGCUUCAAAAAAAAAAGUAAAUAUUUAUGCUUCAUUCUGAAAUAACAAAUACACGUAAGCUCUAAAUCAGCAAUAUGAUAAAUUUAGCAUUGGUUGAUUUCCAUUUUUGGUACUGCAGUUGAGGAAAGCGACAGUUGUAGAUUACUGGUAAUCUUUCCAAAGCAUUCAGAAUAAUUAACACUACAGCCCAUUCUGCUGAUUUUCUGACAAACAGACUAGAGUUGAGAAUACCAUUACAAUACAGUAUAAACCAUAAUGUUGCAAUUACUAUGUUCGUUGUUUUAAUGGGCUUUCAUAACGGAAAUGCGGUAUCUUGUACAAAAUGUAUCCGUUUCUCUUUAGGGCCACUGAAGAAGUAUAACAACUGCAUAAUUUUCACUAGCUAGCAUAAUAAGGCAUAGUCUUAUUAUCCUGCCCAGUUAACACUUUUAAGUGGUAGUCUGUUUACACUUGGGAAUUAAUUUUAUUUUAACACUGGUGAAGAGGUGACAUCCUCUACUUUGUCUGAGGGCAGCAGGUCAAUUUAAGUUGUGGAGGACUGGUUGGCUAGAAGAUACAACUCUGUUCUUCAACAGAAAAGAAGCAGACAGUUUCUGAAAUACCAAGUUAUACACCACUAAUACUAUUAACCUUACAUUUACUACUAGACCAGUGGUUCUUACUCUGCGGGUCCCCAGAUGUUUUUGGCCUUCAACUCCCAGAAAUCCUAACAGCUGAUAAACUGGCUGGGAUUUCUGGGAGUUGUAGGUCAAAAACAUCUGGGGACCCCAGGUUGAGAACCACUGUACUGGACUGUUUUUCAUUUCAAAUGUUUGUAAUCACAAGUGAUCAACUUUCAGACAAAAUUGUACAUCCACUACUCUUGCAAAACCGUCUGCACUGUUUUGGAUUUAAUUAUACGCAUACAGUUUCAUCACAGUGCAAUCAGAAUAGCAUUUGUAUUCUAGGUACUCCAGCUUUUACCUUGUCACAGUUUGUAAAAUAAGAUUAAUUAGGAAAUGUAAGAUCAUGAACUACACAGUGGUAUCUCAUUUCAACCAAUUUGUUUAAAGGGUUAUAAACUGCUACCCCUGAAAACAGGUGUUUCUCCCCUCUUUCCAUCCCCAUGGUUCAGCUAAUAAAGACAAAUAAAAAAAACCUUUUAAA